CGGGGCAGUCGGGCAGGCGCCGGAAGUGUCUACAUAGCGGAACGGGCAGGCGGUGCGCGGCCAGUCUCUUGCUGGGGGCAGCGGGCACCAUGGUGGAGGUGAGAGAGCGGCCUCGGCCCGCCCCUGUGGGUGGGGCUGUCGGGCCCUCGAAACCCCAGCGCCCCGGGUGAGGGGCUUGCCGCUGCCGACGCGAGGAGCGCCCGGCCCGGAGAAGCGGGCGGGGGAUUCCGGCCUCCCACGGCCCCUGAAGCUGCGAUUAGCCCCCUCCCCCCGUUUCCGGUAUGCCCCGUGGUGGGGUUCGUUCCGCCCGGCGGGGGGAUGAGCUGAGCCGCAGGCCGAGGCGUGGGGGCGAGGCUGGGACCCCGCAUCCCCCGUGGGACCGAACCCGCCCGCCGCCAGCCUCGCGCAGCAGUGGCGGUGAACCGGGCUCUGGGGCAGCUGCCGGUCGCCCUUGUGGUGCGUACAGUAACGAGCGAGGGGACCAGUGUGUUGGGUCCCCGUCGGGGGGUUGUCCCUCGCCCCAGGGCAGCGUCUGCACGAAGCGAAGGGGCCUCGGAGGCCGCUGGUCGCUGGCAAGUUACAGCAGAAAACGUUCCCGUUUUGAACCCUUCGGGAAAGGUGUCGCCGCCCUGCUCCUUGGCAGCAAUGCGAGCUGUGUGCCUUGAAGUGCAGAAACACUCUGUGCACACAUUAGUGUUCAGAUCCUUGAAGAGAACCCAUGAUAUGUUUGUGGCUGAUAAUGCAAAGCCUAUACCAUUAGAUGAUGUAAGCCACAAAUUAAAGAUGUCAAUCAAGCUUCGCACAGAUUAUGCUUCUGUGCUGCACAUGCCUAUUCUGAAGGAAAAUUUUAGAGAGAAGGAUUCUCCGAAUACAGGGGAUCUCUAUGGACAUAAACAGUAUCCUGCAAAUCAAGGACAAGAACUUGAAUAUUUGAUAACAGGUACACAUCCAUAUCCACCUGGUCCUGGUGUGGCUCUGACAGCAGACACUAAGAUCCAGAGAAUGCCCAGUGAAUCAGCUGCUCAGUCCUUAGCUGUGGCACUUCCUCCUUCUCAGUCCAGGUUAGAGGCAAAUCGUACUGCUGCUGGUGUGGGUGAUAUUUACAGACAUGCCGGGAUUCCGGAGCGUGCACAGCCUCCUGGUUUGUCCAUGGCUCUGAUGGAAGCAGGUGGGAACAAAAAUUCUGCCUUGAUUGCAAAGAAAGCUCCAACAAUGCCCAAACCUCAAUGGCAUCCACCAUGGAAACUGUACAGAGUUAUCAGUGGUCACCUGGGCUGGGUGAGAUGUAUUGCAGUUGAACCAGGAAAUCAGUGGUUUGUUACUGGCUCUGCUGACAGAACUAUAAAGAUCUGGGACCUUGCUAGUGGCAAAUUAAAAUUGUCUUUGACGGGGCACAUUAGUACUGUACGAGGGGUGAUAGUAAGUGGAAGAAGUCCAUACCUCUUCUCUUGUGGAGAAGAUAAACAGGUGAAGUGCUGGGAUCUCGAAUAUAAUAAGGUUAUUAGGCAUUACCAUGGUCAUCUAAGUGCAGUUUAUGGUUUGGAUUUGCACCCGACAAUAGACGUGCUGGUAACAUGUAGCAGAGAUUCAACUGCACGAAUUUGGGAUGUGAGGACAAAAGCCAGUGUGCAUACAUUAGCGGGACACACAAAUGCAGUGGCAACAGUGAAGUGCCAAGCUGCGGAACCACAGAUUAUCACAGGAAGCCAUGAUACCACAAUACGACUGUGGGACUUAGUGGCAGGAAAAACUCGUGUCACUUUGACAAAUCACAAGAAAUCUGUAAGAGCAGUUGUAUUGCAUCCAAGACAUUAUACAUUUGCAUCUGGUUCUCCAGAUAACAUUAAACAGUGGAAAUUCCCAGAUGGAAACUUCAUUCAAAAUCUUUCUGGUCAUAAUGCUAUUAUCAACACGUUGGCUGUGAAUUCCGAUGGAGUGUUGGUAUCAGGAGCUGAUAAUGGCACUAUGCAUCUUUGGGACUGGAGAACUGGGUAUAAUUUCCAGAGAGUACAUGCAGCUGUACAGCCUGGUUCUUUGGACAGUGAAUCAGGAAUAUUUGCUUGUGCAUUUGACCAGUCAGAAAGCAGAUUGCUCACUGCUGAAGCUGAUAAAACCAUAAAAGUGUACAGAGAAGAUGAUACUGCGACUGAAGAAACUCAUCCUGUCAGCUGGAAACCAGAAAUUAUCAAGAGAAAGCGAUUUUAAUGAGGCAACAUCUGCAUAGUUAUGCUAUCAUUUUUUUUUUUGUCCUUCCUGAGAGCAUUAUGCUCUGUAGAGAACUACAGAGCAGGAACUCAGCUAAAGUCAUUGCUGUUUCACCUUGUUUUACAAUAAAUUUUGUUUCUAUUA